AGCUAUUUCCAGUUGCAAUUCGUUUGAAAACAAAAUCAAGUACUGUAGAAAAUAUAUACAUUGUAAUGACGUUUCGCUUCCCCAGUCUUGUUCCCGGGGCUAUAGAUCCUCUGUGGUUUACAGUGGACCGUCCUUGUGAUGAUGAAAAUGAGUUGGAACAGCUAGAGAAGGCACACGACCUUUGGCUUGAAAGCAUAGCCAAGAAAGACAACAAUAUAGUUCCAGUAGGGAAAACUGCAUCAGAGCAUUUAGAGGAUGAUGAUGAAGAUGAGGACGAUGACGAGGGAGAUGACGAUGAUGAGAGUGACACAAACGAUGAUGAACUGGACACAGACAUGUUAGAUGAACGGGACUCAGGAGAUGAUGCUGGUUAAUAGGGUUAGGUUAUGAUGAUGAAUUGGACACGAACAUGUUAAGUGAACGGGGCUCUGGAGACAAUGCUGUUCAGUCAUCCAUUUAUUGUUGUAUGUGUCUUGCCAUAUAGAGAGUAACAGUACCCAGUUCAUGUUGAAUAAAUUAUUGACAUUUGUAUGAAUAAAUUUUAUCUAUCAUGCAUUGGAGCAUAUCAUUGCCAUGAUGAUCAAAUCUUUAUAUUGUUUUCAACAUGUUAAAACUAAUUUAAUAUUGUAAUUUAUCUUCAUAAAAUGAAGGA